AUGUUUCUCUUGCCUCGUUAUAAAGAUUUUAAAUUUUUCUUCAGUUUGUUGUCGCGAAUAGGUUUGACGCCGCAUGAUUUACCCUAUCAAGGACUAGCCAACAAACUGCAAAAUCUUACUAAUCUGACAGCUGAAGAAUCAGCUGUGCGUGAUCUAUUCUGUACAGAAAUCAAAACGUUACCGCCUCCUGAACUCAUGGUCGAAAUUCGCAAGAUCAAUUCUCUUAAAGUGGGCGAACAAGUUGUUGGACGAGUAGCGAAUCAAGUGGAAUUCGGAGUCUUUGUCGACAUUGGC